AUGUCUACCUUUGAACCAGUUGUUGUUAUUGACGGUAAAGGUCAUUUAUUAGGUCGUUUAGCUUCUAUUGUUGCCAAACAAUUAUUAAAUGGUCAAAAAGUUGUCGUUGUUAGAGCCGAAGAAUUAAACAUUUCAGGUGAAUUUUUCAGAAACAAAUUAAAGUUUCAUGAUUAUUUAAGAAAAUCUACUAGAUUCAACAAAACUCAUGGUCCAUUCCAUUUCAGAGCUCCUUCAAGAAUCUUUUACAAAGCUUUAAGAGGUAUGAUUCCUCAUAAAACUGCCAGAGGUAAGGCUGCUUUAGAAAGACUUAAGGUUUUCGAAGGUGUUCCACCUCCAUAUGAUAAAAAGAAGAGAGUUGUUGUUCCUCAAGCUUUAAGAGUUUUAAGAUUGAAACCAGGUAGAAAAUAUACUACUGUUGGUAAAUUAUCUUCUGCUGUUGGUUGGAAAUACGAAUCUGUUGUUGAUAAAUUAGAAGAAAAGAGAAAAUUACAAGGUGCUGAAUAUUACGCUAAGAAGAAGGCUUUAACUAAAAAACUUAAUGCUGCUAAAGCUUCUACUGCUGAAUCUGAAGCUGCUCAACAAUUAGCUGCUUUUGGUUAUUAA